UUUGUGGAUUAUGAGUGGCACCGACCGAAAUGUUUUUUUUUUCUACAUAACGUUUUAAAUUAUUUUAGUCUUCCAAUUUUUAAAUUUAAUACAUUAUGGGUGUCCAAGGCUUAUGGAAAUUAUUGGAAUCCGCUGGAAAACCGAUUCCCGUUGAAAAGUUGGAGAACAAAGUACUGAGUAUCGAUGUUUCAAUAUGGAUGUACCAAAUAAUUAAAGGUGUUCAAGAAAGUGAACAUGGCGCUACAACAAAUGGACAUUUAAUUGUAAUGUUUCAUAGAAUAUGUAAAUUAUUGUUCUAUGGUAUUAAACCAAUAUUUGUAUUUGAUGGCGGUGUACCAGAGCUUAAAAAAAUAACUAUCGCUCAAAGACAAGCUCAAAAAAGCCGUGCCAAAAAAUCAACUGGUAAAACCAAAGAAAAAUUAUUAAAAAACAUGUUAGAACAGGCAGCCUUAAAAACUGUUAUGAAUGCUGGAAAUGCAUUGACUGAAGAUGAAGUGAUCUCAAAAACUGUUGACAGUUUGAAUAAAGGAGCAGACAUUGAUUUGUUUGAGCUACCAAAAUUGCCAGAACCUAUUGAAAUAGACAAGACUAAAAUACCUAUAAAUGAAAAAGAUCGGACAUACUUGAAUUUGUCAAAUGAAAAAAAUGAAAAUAUUCUACUAUUAGCAGUAGAAAAUCAAAACAAUGAUUUUUUGUACACAAACAUCGCAAAAGACAAGGAAAAAAGUUCUCCUAAGAAAUUAAAUGCAUUUUCUUCUAUGCAAAUUGGUGAACUUUUAAAUGGGUUUUCAGAAGAUCAAAAACGUUUAUCAGAAAAAAAAAAUCAACAAAAAUCAAAGCGUGAAAUGACAUUUAAUGAAUUAGAAAUGUUUUUGAACAAUGACAGUGAAACUAUCAAAAAUAUUGAUGAAUUCAGUCAAAAAAUUGAUUCUGAUCAAGAUACUGUUUUUUAUUACGAGUCUGGUAUCAACAAAUCAGCCAAAAGUAGUAAUUCAGAGAAUAUUGAAAUUCCCAAAAAAAUAAAAACUUCAAAUUUUGAAAAAAGUGUUGAAACUGAAUCGAAGAGUACAAGCCAAAAGAUUUUUACUACGGAUACCAUUGGAUCACCUACUUUAACAGACGACAUUGAUGAAGAUAUAUUUAAAGCACUUGCUGGUGAUGAAUCCCUCGAAGAAGAUAGAUUAGCUUGGCUUAUCUUCAAUGAGAAUAAAAUAGCUAGUAAAAGACGAUCAAGUGAAUUUGAGUCACCAAAUAUAAAUAGUCCUAAACCUGAUACAGGUUUUAGUAGCAGUUCCGAAGUAUUAACAUCAGACAUAGAAGAAGAUGUAACUAUGAAAAAUAACAAAGUAUCAUCCAAAAAAUAUUCUUCCAGAAGUAUUUUUAUUACAGAAGAUAAUAUGUCUAAUGAAGAUGUAGAUAGUUUUAAUGAAGAAGAUUAUCUGUCAUGGGUGUCACAUAGUAAAGAUGAACCUAGUGAGACAAAAUUGGAAAGCAAGAAUCCAAGUAUUAAUCAUCAUGAUAUUCCAUCUACAAGCAAAUCUCCAUCAUUUCUAGGAAAUGAAGAUAAUGUAUCUAAUAAAAAAAAUAAUAUUGUGGAUCAGCAAAAUAUCAAUGAGUCAAUAUAUUUUGUAUCAAAAUCUAUAAAAACACAAGAAUUUAAGACAUUUAGUAAUGUUUCAUCCUCAAUAGAAUCUGAUAAUUCAAACGGCUCUCUUUCUGAAAAUUCUGUUAAUUUUUCACCUGAAGAAAGUUUAUCUGAAGAUGAUAAUAUAAUAUUACAAGAGAAUCAAAAAAACAAACAAAAAGUCAAUAAAUGUUCUAAAAAAGAGUCGGAUGUUCCAAUAGUUGCUAAAAAUGAAUUCAAAGAAAUAAAUUCAACAAAAAAUGUAAUAAGAGAAAAAUUUAAUUCUCCAACAAAAUUAAAUAAAAUAUCUACGAAACGGCCCGAACCUCCUGACAAUCAAACAAAUUCUAUGAAUGAACAAUAUUUACAGUCCAUACAAGAUACAUUAGUUAAGCGUCAAAAUGAUUUGGCUAGUUUACAAAGAACAUCUGAUCGAAUGGCUUCUUCUGUAACACAAAAAAUAACUUCAGAAAUAAAGGGUCUCUUGAAGUUGUUUGGCAUACCAUAUAUAACAGCACCAAUGGAAGCAGAAGCACAAUGUGCUUUUUUAGAAAAAAUCGGACGAACAGAAGGUACUGUGACAGAUGAUAGUGAUGUGUGGUUGUUCGGGGCUAAUGUUGUUUAUAAAGAUUUUUUUGACAGCCAAAAAUAUGUUAAACAAUUCAAAAGCAUCGAUAUUAAACAACAAUUUGCUUUGUCUCAAAAUAGUUUUAUUCAAUUAGCAUUUCUUGUGGGAAGUGAUUACACAAAUGGUAUUGAUGGUAUUGGUCCAGUAUCUGCUAUUGAAAUUUUAUCUUUUUUUGAAUCUAAGACUAAAAAUAUGAACAUUGAAGAAAAAUUACUAAAAAUUAAGGAGAUUGCUAACUCAAAAGCUGAAGUAUAUCGUGAUAUACCAUUUAUGAAAAAAUUAAAAUCGACCAAAAUUGGCAAUGAUUUUCCGAAUAAAGCUGUUAUUAAUGCAUAUCUCCACCCAAUUGUAAAUGAAUCAAAUGAAAGCUUUAAUUGGGGUACACUCCAAGUAGAUUCAAUCGUUCAAUUUGCUCAAACUAAUUUUGAUUGGGAUGUUUCUAAAACAAAAAGCAAACUAGCGCCAGUGUUAAAAAAAGUUUCUGAACGGACAACCCAAACAACAUUGGAUUCAUUUGUCAAAGCUCUUCCUAAAUUGAGCAAUACAAAUACUGGUAUGAGUAAACGUGUCAGUCAUGCUGUAAAAAGGUUACGAAAUGAUAGCAGUUCUGUUGAAUCUAAUAAAAAAACUGGUGUUUCAAAAAAAUCAUUAACUGAUUCAAAUGAUAGUACAGAUAAAAAACGUAGGAGAAACCUAAAAUAAAUGUUAAUUAAAUAAUUGUCAUAGAGAAUGAAACUGUGCCAAAAUGUAUUAUGUCCAAUGUUGCACGAAUUUUUUUUUAUACAAUAGGUUUUAAAUGAUUUUUUCUAUAGAUACCUACUGUGUAUAAUACUUUAAACCUAUAUAUAUAUAUAUUUGAACAAAACAACUAUUUAUUAAAUUUAAAUACAUUUUUAUGUGAUUUACAAGCUUCAAUGUUUUUGAUAUUAUAUUACUGUUAUUAUUACAACUCAUUAUUCUUUGAGUAAAUUCAGCUUACAAUUUCUAGUCAUUCAUAAUGUGAAUUUAUUCUUAUAACAUUCUUAAGUAUUGAAAUGUCUACUAACCAAUAAUGAGAGGAAAUUUAAAUUAAAUUUUUUGAUUUAAUACUAUUUUUUUUAUUAAAAUUAUUCAUUCUAGAAUGUAAAAUAACUUAAAUCUUUAUUUAGAUAAUAAUAUUUAUAAUUAUCCAAUGAGCGUGGUUUCACAUUUGACCGUUAAAAAUGUACUAUAAGUAUUAAUAAUUUAUUAUUCUCUUAAAUAUUAUUGUUAUAAUAAGGUCUGUUAUAUAGUUUAAUAAACAUUUAUUAACUGUUUACUUACCUACGUUGUAUUUCAAAAUAAACUAUUCUAGUAAAUCAUUUAUUGUAAAUAUGAACAUGAAAACAUAUUAUAUAAUGCAUCACAUAUUACAUUUAUAUUGAUUCAUAAAUUAAAACUAUUUUAUGAGAAACUCACCUAUGGUUUUUAAAUGUUCUACUCUGUAUUAAAAGUUCCAAACUACUUUUAAGGAAUAAUUGUUGUUUUUUUUUUUACACUUACAAGUUUAUUAAUAAUUGUAUUAAUGUUUAUGUGGGACUGAUGAAAAGUGUACAACAUAAUAUCUUAGAGCCUAUGUAGAAUCAUAGAUAAGUAAAUGUGUGAUUAAAAAUUGAUUGAAGGAAAUGGGGUUUUCUAUAGAUAUAAUACAUCUGUUGUUUUUUUUUUUGAAGAGAACUGCCAUAUAAUAUAUUGUUUGUGAAAACCCUGUUGCACAUAAAAAUAACCAUUGAGGUUACAGUUAUUGUUGAGAAACCACAUUUAUAUAUGAUACUGGAAAUAUUGUCUUCUUUAUUGUGUAUAUAUUUGGUUUCUGAACUAAGAUUAGCUUCAGGCUUAAGUGGUUGUUUUUUGAGCGUAAAACUUUUCUUGUAUGUUAUAAUUUACGUUUUUAAUAUCAACAGUGGUACUAACAUGUUACCUCUUGUUAGUUAUUUUGAAUUGGUAUUAAAAAUGUUUAAUAUAAUUAAAAAUGUUAGUUUUUGAUUUUCUCAAUAUGUCAUUAUGUAUACAUGUAAUAUGUAGCUAAUAAAAUGAUGAUACAUCGUUACCUACAAGUUAAUUAUAUUUAACUCUUCACAAUACAUGUAGUGUGAACUCACCGUAACUCUAAAUAUAACUGUUCUUGUUAUGUAUGAGAUGACAUAUUUGAUUUAGCUUUAACCAAGAAAUCAGUAACUAAAAAUAAUUUAUUUUUAUUAUUAAGCACACUUACUAAUCUAUGGUACUAGAUAUGUGUAAAAAGUAUUCCUAACAUUCCUAACUCAAUAGGAAUUGAAUUGAAAACAGAUUUAUUUUUUAACACCUUGACUACCAUGUGACCGCCAGCAAUCACUCAAUAUCUAUUAUCGGUACGCAAUGCAUACUUUUUUAGUGUCAUUCCAAAUGUGUAUGUUUAUACUAUUGUAUUUGAAAAAAACAUUUAAAAUAUAUAAAAAAAAUAUGUUUAUUACAUCAGAAAAAUUGUAAUGAUUCCUGCUAAGCCACGGUACUUUUUUAGUGCAUUAUUGUAGUGCUAUGGAAAUGUUAAUAACAUAAAACCAAAUUAAUUUAUAAUCGCUGGUAGUCAUAUCGCAGUUAAUGUGUUAAACCUUACCUAAUCACAACAAUUUAGAAAUAUUCAUGUUUUAGACCAGUUGUGAAUUUUUUUUUUACACAUUUUAAUUUGUUAUUCUUAGUUAUAUUCAUAUGUACAUUUAGUCAAAAACGUGUAGGUAUAUGUUUAAAUUUAGUGUUUGAAAUUUACCAAAAUAAUAAAAUAUUAUUAAUGAACAUUUUUUGUUUCUUGUACCUAUUUCAGUACCUACAUAUUCAUAUUAAUUUUAAUUAUAUUAUAUUUUUAAAUGCAUUAAUCUAUGAAAUUUUGCAAAUGGCCCCAGUCGCCAAAGUUAAAGAUCAAUAAAAAAAAAAAAUCUGAAAAUGUAAUUUUUAAGAGAUAUUUCACCAUAAAUUAUUAUUUUGAUUCACUUAUAAGAGUAUAUUAAGCUAGUGUUACAUCUUUCCAAACUAAGAAUAUUGAAUGAUUAAAUUCAAUCAAUUAGAUAUAAUAAGUAAUUUUAUUUUUUAACUUGAAUUUAUUAUAAUUAACAAUACAUUUAUAUAGUUUGUAUAUGGUAUCGGUAUAUCUUAUUUAUAAUUUUAUCAUUAAUAUGUUAAAAAACAUCCAAGUAGUUAAGAGGACGUUAUACUCGCAUGUGUUGUCUCCGUCUCACAAGUGCGUAACAUAGCAAAUUGUACGCUCAGAAAAACACGUGUAGCUCCAUUAAUUUAAAAAUUAGAGUGAAUUGACCUCUUAUAAAAUCUAAAUGUAAGAUUAUUAUCUAGGCAACCUCUUAGGCUUUUUAGUAUAUUUUGAUUUUAAAGCGAGUUACGAUAUUUUAAGAUGUAUAAAAAAUUUACAAUUUUAAAAUACUCAUAACUCGCGUUAAAAUGGAAAUAUAAAUAGCCCAUAAGGUUGCCUAGAUAAUAAUCUUACCUUAAGAUUUUAUAAGAGGUCAAUUCGCUCUAAUUUUUAAACUAACGGAGCUACGUGUGUUCCGCUGAGCGUAAAAUUUGGUAUGUUACGCACGUGUAAUACGGAGACAACACAUGCGGGUAUAACGUCCUCUCAAACAAAAGAAUGUUAUUAUGUUAAAAGAUUUCAUAAUUAUUUUUUGUUUUUAAUUUAUUAUAUUAUGGUAUACACAAUUAUUUAUAAAACUAAGUGUUUAAUUAUAACAGUAACAAAAAAUGUAAAAUGUAAAAUGUUUGAUUGAAGUUAUUAUUAUUUAGUAUAUGAGUAGAUUUUAUAAUUAUAACUACAAGCCGAAAAUCUAUAUUAACAUAUUUAAUUAUUUAUUUAUAAUUUAUAACUAUGUAUCUAUUUAUUUUUUUUAAGUCAGUAAUUAUUUAUAUAUAUAUUUAUUUGCAUAUUUAUUUAAUUUUCAGUAAAAAUUAUUGUAGUGUCCAAUGUUAGCAUUUAACACAAUAUAAUAAGUUGUUUUU